AUGCGAGCAGCUGCCGUCAUCGCUGCUCUGCUACUGCAAAGUGCCGUCUCUGCGUUCGUCAUUCCAUUCAAGCUAGCCACUGUCUUGAGCAGCAUACACAAAUCAAAGCUAUUUCGUCAACCGAACAUUAGUCACGUGGGAAUCGCACCCACUUUCACGGUGAUCAUUGAUACUGCCACAUCUGACUUCUGGAUUCCCGACAGCACUUGUACCACUUGCACUGGCAAGAGACUCUUUAACAGUCAAGUUCUUACUCUUUUCGUACUAGAGAACGUGGUACUUCAUUUAGUCCAACAUCAUUCGGUGUUACGGGAGAAGGAUUCCUCGGAAUGGGACACGUGGGGUGGCUACUCUGUCCGAAUUUCACUCAUUCGCUGCACGAAAGGCCAAGUGCUUGAGUUGCCUGCAGCGGUGUCUGCUUUGAAUGGAGUUGAUGGAGUGCUAGGCUUGGCAUUCCCAGCCUUAUCCAGCGCCUUUAUGACCACUCCUGCCUUUAUUAGAGGAGUCAGCCAAGGUAACAUUGCUCAAUCGGUGUUUUCCAUCUGGCUAGAAGAGCAGUGGCAAACGUCUGACAACGGCACUCAUGGUGUCAUUUAUUAUGGUGGUUACGAUCUCGUCCAUUGUCGUGCUAAUCGCAGUUUUGCGACGCUGUCGUCAGCUAGCUACUUCCAAUUCACUAUGGCAAAUGUAUAUGUAGAUGGCUUUGGAGUAGCCAAGAGAAUGCAGACAAUCAUCACCUCAACGUCUCCUUACAUCAAAGUGCCAACCACUAUAUUCAUGACGAUCCUGAACUACCUCAAUUUGAAUCAAGACGUUCCGCUCCCGGCACAGGUGGACUGCAACACGAAACUAACGCUCGGGUUUGAUAUCGGUGACGGUGUGGCGCUUAUGGUGACCGAAAGGAACCUAAUCUUGACGAACAACGACGGUACCUGCACAUUAGCAGUGCUGCCAACAAGUGCAGAUAGUUUCGACCAGGGAAAGCACAUCGAACUGGGUAUUCCGUUCCUACGUGGACGUUGCACGUACUUCGAUACGGGCCUUCAAAGCCUUGGAGUGGCUGACGCUAUACAGCAUUGA